GCCGUCUUGUUUUCAGUCUUGUCUCGCACUUAUUGGUUGCAUGUUCGUUGUAAGAUAUUCAUGCGUGUUUCAUCUUCACGUGUGUGAAGAAUUUGUCACUGGAUUUUGAAAAGUUUCGGCAAAAUCGAAGCACAAAAUGUUCCAUUCGAAAGCAGUGCGUUUCGCCGUGUCUAGCGGGAAGCGGUGCAUCAGCAAGACUUCCAGCACACCCAACAGCGAUAUCAUCCAGACGAAAAUCGAGAACGUUGCGCGUUUCAAGAGCGAUUUGAAUUGCAGCAGAUGGGCGAAAAUCAGAGAGCAUAACAAUAAUAGGGCGUUGUCGACAUUGCAAACGAAAACCAAGCCACAGAACGGUCAACUGAUUGCGACCAAAGACGAAAGCAGGGAAUUUAUGGCCGUCUUUCCUGAUAUAGUCCGACAUCUAACUGAUCCAAACCGCAAUACGGAUAUUCCGGAAGUAUCCAAAUGGUAUGCGAAAGUGUUGCAAUACAAUGUGCCCAACGGCAAGAAGAAUCGUGGCCUGGCAGUCGUUUCCGCCUAUAAAAUGUUGGAAGAACCUGAAAAUCUAACGCCGGAGAAUUUGCGAUUAGCCAACAUCCUCGGUUGGUGUGUUGAAAUGCUGCAAGCAUUCUAUUUGGUCGCUGAUGACAUCAUGGAUGGCUCGGAGAUGCGUCGUGGGGCGCCAUGCUGGUACAAAACCCCGGGCGUUGGUUUGACCGCCGUUAACGAUUCCUUGUUGCUGGAACAUGGACUGUAUUACAUCCUUAAGUUGUACUUUGGAGAACACCCAAGCUAUACUCAUCUAUUGGAAUUGUUCCACGAUGUUAGCAUGAAAACUGUCAUGGGACAAGCACUGGACAAUCUGUCUCACGUUGAUGGCAAGCCUAAUUUGGACGCCUACACAAUGAAGCGCUACAAUUCGAUUGUCAAAUACAAAACAGCGUAUUAUUCAUUCCAGCUGCCGGUAACACUGGCAAUGUAUUUAGCUGGUAAAUUUGAUCCGGAACUACAUAGACAAGCCAAAACUAUCUUAUUAGAGAUGGGACAUUUCUUCCAAGUACAAGAUGACUUCUUAGAUUGUUUUGGCAAUACCAGUGUAACCGGCAAAGUAGGCAACGAUAUCGAAGAGGGCAAAUGUUCCUGGUUAGUUGUAGUAGCAUUGCAACGCGCCACACCCGCUCAAAAGCAAAUGUUAGUUGAAAACUAUGGAAGGCCGGAACCGGAAUGCGUCGAGGCAGUCAGAAAUCUGUAUGAAGAGCUAAGUUUACCUACAACGUUUUCAAUCUACGAGGAGGAGAGUUUCAACUUAAUUCGCACUCAUAUUCAACAAAUAUCGAAAGGUCUUCCCCACAACCUAUUCUUUAAGUUCAUGGAGAAAAUUUACAAGAGGGAAAGUUAAAUUAAACUUUCAGAUUUUUGCUUAUCCCUAUUAUUAAUAUAAGCAGUUUUGUAUGAAUUUAUGUAAGAGAAUGUGUGAUAUUACUUUUCGUAUGCAAUUAGCGGAAAGUCAUUCUGUAUUAACGAGUGUUAGAUUAUUUCUAAUCCAGAAAAUUAUCGGAAUUAUUUAGCGUAUAUGUUUAUAAUAAAUUUUGUUAUUAAAAAGUAUUUACUAAUAAUGAAUGUAAUUUUAUAUUGUAUGUUAAGUACAUAUAAACAAAAACAUUACAUGUUUUUAUUAAUAAAAACCUUGUAUCAAAA